UCCUUUUGCAACACACGUGGCUUUAGAAAUAUAUGUUCCACAGUGUUAUUCUGGGCUUCUAAAAUAUUUUGCAAUUAACUAGACCAAAAUUGCAAUAUUUGUUUAAUUGUUUGUUUUUAUACAAUUAAACUGGUAAAUAAGAAAGCACUAUUCUUAUGCUAUGACUUGUCAUGUUUACAGUACUUAAAUUCCCAAGGCUAGUACACGCAAAUGUAUCUUAACUUACAUUUUUGGCAACAUGUGCUAAUAUACUGACAUGCAGGAAAUGAAAAACCGCUGUAAUGUUUUAUUUUCGUGAUGUCUUGAGUUGAUCUCUUUGGCAUAGCGCCACAUAUAACAGCGUUUAAAAAAAAUAAAAAAAGCUUGGCAGACCUCUGCUGUGCUCUCCUUCAGACAGAAGGCUUUGACAGACAUUAGUUACCCAGAUAGUUGUGAGAUGGUUGCUGGUGGAAUUCCUAUACUUCUGAAUAAAAGGCUGGAGUGGUCUUGUCUCAAUACUGUUGAUUUGGAAUGUGAGCAGUUGUGUUUUGUAACACAUAUCUCUGCCUGUGGUGGAUUUAAAUAACGUUUUGGGAACUGAAAGAAAAGUGACAGCAUUCAUGGAUAUAGGUGAAACCUUUAACCAUUUAAUUCCCAGUGACCAGUUGGAUGACACCUUAUUACUAGGGCCAAACUUGGAAAGUGAAGUUGGUGAUGAAUUUGGAACAGGUCACAACUUAGAAGACUCUCUUAAGAACAUGUUGAGUGACAAGGAUCCCAUGCUUGGAUCUGCUAGCAGCCAGUUUCAUCUGUUAGAUAAUGACGAUACCAACUUUCAGACCACUGGCUCAACAGUUGUAGGACUUGAAGACAUCAUGUAUGAGGGGGAAUUAAAGGAAAGUGGCCAUGAUAUCAUUGAGGAAGAAGACUUGAUGCUUCCCGGCAAGAGCCAAAGAGGCAGAUCUGUAAAUGCUGCUUUGCAGUCACCUAGAAAGUCACCACGCUUAAUGGCUCAAGAACCUGUGAGAAGUUUACGACAGAGUACCUUAGCAAGACGUUGCAGUCCUUCAAAUACUUUAAAGAAAUCCCCAGCAAAAGGUGACCCAGGGAGAAGGGGGGAACAAAAACAGCAGGAAAAUUUAACUGGACAAGAUGAAUCGGAAAGUUGUUCACAAGAGUCAGGCCUGCAUAGUGUUCAGCAGAUAAUAGCUACAGGUGUUUCUGCAAUGAACCCUGCAGCAGUAGCUCCCAAGAAAGAAGACACUGUUGAGGAUUUUAACAGUGGGUUAAAGGUGGAAGAGCAGUCCUGUAGAUCUCAUAUGACAGACACAAACAUGGCGCAGACAAAUGAGGACAGCUCAAUCUGUCAAAUACAUGAUACAGACAAGAAAAUCAGCAGGGAACAAGACAACGAAUUGUUUGAAACUAGCAUCAGUGAAAAUGCACCAAAUACUGCAAUACAUACUGAGGGAAACAUAUGUGAAGUAAAAGGAAAGGCAAGUGAGAUGCAAAUCAAUAUCCUGGGUUCCUCAGAGUUAGGGCCAUGUAUAAACCCUAAUGAAGUUCAGGAAGGCCCCAAUAUGUUACUGAGGAAUUGUAAGGUAGAAGAUAGGACCAAAAAAAACAUUCCAGAUAAAUCUGCAAUUGAACCAGAAAAUGUCCGGGACCAAAUAGAUGCUCAGACAUUGAGAUACAGCAGUGUUGAAAGAAUUGGUCCUGAUAAAAGUCACGGUGUUAAUGAAACGCAGCAGCAUGCAGACACCAAUGCAGAAGAAAGGCUUCAUCCAUCUAAAGGUCGAAAGAAUCAAGAAUCUCGGAGCAAACUGGACCAAAAAUAUCCAAUAAAGAAACUGUUAAAAUCUAAAGAGGUGCACUCCACAUUAAAACAGCAUCAUAAGCUUUUACCAAAGUUGCAGGCAGAGUUACUGAUGGAACAAAAAUUUGCACAACAGAGAAAGGCGAGGAUAGACAUUCCGAAUUAUCAGGGGCCCAAACAAAAGCAGCCCUUGACAGCUAUAAAACGUAAAGCAGAUGACCCCAAAAUGCACCAGCAACAGGAGGCAGCAAAACUUCAGAAAACUGAAGGAAGCAGCCAGGAUGUGAAGUCAAAAAUUGGGGCUAAAACACAUCCGAAGCAAGCACACAUGCUACAACCUAGCAUGAGUUUAAAGUCUCCAGAGUCAGGUAGACCAGCAAAUAGAACGUUAGCCAUUGGUGUUGUUAAAGACAGAUUUAAGAGCCAACAGCAGACUACACAGUUUCCUCAUAUGAGCCAAAAACAUCAUGUGGCACUAAGUAAAUCCAGCUUUAUUCAAAAGGAUGAGCUAGAAGAGGAUGAUGGAGAAAAACAUAAUUUGAAAAAGAAUGAGAAGGGAUUGCACAGACAAAGGAGAAGCAGCAGGAGCCUCUCUCUAAAUGAGCCUCCCUUGUUCAUCCCAGACAAUGUGCCAGCAGUGAAAAAGGAUGCUUCUGAAGAUGGAGAUUCUAAUGAUAAUGAAGUUAUGUGGGAUCACAGCAAGAACUGUGUUUUCUGUAAAAAACCUCACAGCAACAGGUUCAUGGUGGGAUGUGGGCGCUGUGAUGAUUGGUUCCAUGGUGACUGUGUUGGGCUCGGCCUUGCUCAGGCACAGCAAAUGGAGCAGGAAGACCAAGAAUAUGUAUGUUUAAAGUGCUGUGCUGAAGAAGAUAAAGGAGUCAAAUCCAGUGCACAGAACCCUUGUGCAAAACAACAACCCAGUUCCCUACACCACUCCAAGCCAGAGCACCAGGAGAGCAGACCUGCAGUUAAGCAUGAAAAACUUGGGCAGUCAGCAUCCUCCUCUACAGGUGUCUGUAACCUUAACCUUGGGACAAGUGAAAAAACAAAGCAGUCAGAUGAUAUUAGGAAGUACAAAGUCAAAAUUUUCAGAAAGGAAUCGACAGAGGGAAUUUCCUCUGAAUCCAGGGAAAUGGAGAACAGAAAAAUGCAAACAGUGGGGAGAAUAAGACGUCCAUCAGGGGACUGGAUGGGGCAUGGGGACAGUGAACCGAAACCAGGGAUCAGUGAAAGGCAAGAUAUCAAGAAAAGGCAAAUAGAAAAGUCUCCUUUCUCCUUGCUUUCUUCCUCAAAAAAACCUUCAGUUGAGCAAAUAAGGCAGAAUGUCCGUGAAUCUCUGAAGGACAUUCUCAUUAAAAGACUCUCUGAAUCUAAUUUGAAGAUUUCUACAGACAGAGCUGCGAAAGUUGCCUUGAAAACUGAGAGAGAACUAUUUUCUUUCUUUCGGGACACUGACACAAAAUACAAGAGCAAAUACCGAAGCUUAAUGUUCAACCUUAAGGAUGCUAAAAAUAAUGUCUUAUUCAAGCGUGUUCUCAAAGGUGAGAUUAGUCCAGAUCAUUUGAUUCGUAUGAGUCCUGAGGAACUUGCAUCAAAGGAACUGGCUGCUUGGAGGCAGAGAGAAAAUCGACAUACAAUUGAAAUGAUUGAAAAGGAACAGCGAGAGGUUGAAAGGCGGCCAAUCACAAAAAUUACUCACAAAGGAGAAAUAGAAAUCGAGAAUCAAGAGCAAGUGAAAGAGCCUGAAGUUAUGGAGGUAGAGGAGGAACCAGUGCCUAAACCAGUAGAAGAACCAGAGGAAGUUACAGAAGAGGCAGAUUCUGAAAGCACAAAAGAUACAACAAGCCAGCACAAGAAACACCUGUUUGACCUUAAUUGUAAAAUCUGCACAGGGAGGAUGGCUCCACCUGUAGAUGACGUUCCUUCAAAGAUAGUGAAGGUUGCAACUACUGUGAUACGAAGGCAAUCAAAUAUUGAAGAGGAAACGCUGGUUAAUACUGUUCCUACCUACUCAGAAGUUCUGUCUUUCAGUGCCCAAGAUGAGAAAGAUGAAAAAAAAACUGUCUCCCCUAGUGCCUCAUUCUGUGCUGAAGGGAGGUUUAAUGCCUAUGACAAUGUAAUAGAUGAAGCAGCAUUUGUUGGUCGUUUAGAGUCUCUUUGGAAAGGAUUCAUCAACAUGCCUUCUGUGGCAAAGUUUGUAAUUAAAGCCUAUCCGGUGUCUGGCAUAUUAGACCACCUUACUGAGGAUCUACCAGAUAGCAUUCAGGUUGGAGGUAGGAUAUCCCCUCAAAUGGUAUGGGAUUAUGUGGAAAAGAUUCGUGCCUCUGGAACAAAAGAGGUGUGCUUAAUUCGCUUUUGCCCUGUGACAGAAGAGGAUCAGAUCUCUUACACUUUACUAUAUGCAUACUUCAGUAGCCGAAAGCGUUACGGUGUUGUGGCCAACAACAUGAAGCAGGUGAAGGACAUGUAUCUCAUACCCCUGGCAUCCUCAGAAAAAGUUCCUCACCAUCUCUUGUCCUUUGAUGGCCCAGGUUUAGAAGCCAGGCGCCCAAACCUCCUUCUAGGAUUAAUCAUUCGGCAGAGGGUUAAGAGAGACUUUGUUGCAGUCCUUCCAGUAGAUGUCCCUGAAACAGCAUCCGACGCAUCUUUACCUGAGAAAAAAAGCAAAACUGAUUUAUCAAAUGAUGCAGAAGCAGCAGCCGAUGAGGAAAAAACAUUAUUUAACUCGCUUGCACCAGCACUGCCAAAGCAUCACAACAAACCUCAGCAAUCUAGUGAAGAUGAAGAGGAAGAAAGUAAAGAACCUACUACAGUUGUGGAAAAUGUCUCACAGGAGCCAACAAAACCUUUAAGGUUUCUUCCUGGAGUGUUGGUUGGUGGGGAGAACCAAACAUCAUCUCUUGACCUGGCCAGCAAGCCGUUAGAUGUGGAUGAUAUUCUUCAAAGCUUAUUGGGUACAACAGACAAAGUACCUGAAAAACAGAACACCUUAAAUGCUGGCACUGUCUUAUGCUCUACUUCCAAUAAAAGCCCAGCUUUGAAUACUCCCAGGCCAGAUCGUUUUAUAAUAAAAAGGAGAGAAAUUAAAGUUGUUAAAUCUGAGCACAGUCUUCAAGAAUCUACAAGUCCUACUGACAGAUUUAAACUAAGAGAUGAUGUAGAUCUAGAAAACUCAAGGGCAACAAGUUCUGUUUCCCUGAAAGAUAAACCACAAGACAUUUCCACCGAGUCCUUCCUGGCAAAUAUAUCCCCAGUUAAAACAGAGGAAGAAAACAAAGGUAUUCCACAGCAUAAUACAGAACAGCAGAUGAAUGACCAACAAAAAGUUGAAAAAGAAAGCAAAGGCAGCUCUUAUUUGGAACAAGCUAGUAAUGGAAGUGUAUGUCCUGUAACUGUAUCUUGUACAUUUGGUGAGGACAACAUAUCUCCUGUUACUUCAAAAUCAUUGUUUCUGAUUCCCAAAAGGGACCCUCGUCAAGCUGUUGGAAGAACCUCCACAGAUAGCUUUCAUGAUGGGGAUGGAAAUAAAAAUGUCAAUACAAAAGAAAGCACUUUUACAAUAGAAAAUACACUUUCUGAGAGAAAAGCUCAUUCAAUUCCUAGAGAUCAGAGUCAAGGAUAUGUCUUGCCUAAUGUUUUAAAUACAAACAUUCAGUGUUCCUCAGUUCAAACUGGGACAGAACAGCAACGUUUUUCAUAUCAGCAAGGCACAAAGUACCUACAUGUAAAUGAAGAAAUACAAAACAUUAACACUAUUCCAUCAUUCAGAAGGGGACCUGACUUCAGUUUGUCUUCACAAGGCCUGAUUCCGGGUCCUGUUCCAGGUCAUUUCCCACAAGCAGGAUUUCCAGCACAUCACAUCCCACCAGAUCACAUUAGUGGUCCUGGGUUUCACUUUCAGAGAAUGCCAAAUUCAGAUUUUCCUUCACAAAAUAACACAGUGUCUAAUUUUCAACCCCAGCCUCCACAAAUACCACCUCUGUUUAGUUUUCCAAGAGGUCCUCCUCCAGUGUUUCAUCCAUCAGAAUCUGAAGUUCAGAAUCAUGGCAUGCCUUGGCCUCCCCCUGUCUCUUUUCCACCAAGCUUUCCACCACACCACACAGGACUUGCACCUUCUGGUCCACAGUUGUCUUAUGAUUCAAGAUAUGGAGUCUCUUCAAAACCACACAUGAUUGCGAAAGAUAAAGGACCAGAAAGACGCUACAGUGACCCCUGGGACAGACAACCUCAGCAUGCUGAAAAGAGGGACCGGAGCGAACACCAAAGCAGGCAAAGGUAUUACAGUGAAUCCUAUCAUGAAAGAAAAGGAAGACAUCGUGAAAGGGAUUAUGAGCGAGAUAGGGGAAAAUAUGGGGAACGUCAUUCAGAAAAAGAUGGACCCAGAGAGAGAAGUCGAAGUGGGGAUGAGAAAGACCGAGAGAGGAGGAGAAGCCAGGAAGAGAGACAUAGAGGUAAAGACAGGGACAGACAUGGUGCUGAACGACCGAGAGAUAGGCAUCGAAGUGAGGAAUACAGCAGUCGUUCUGACAAAGAAAGGGAGAAGACCAAGGAAAGAGAUAAAGAUAAACAUAAAAAAGACGCUGAUUAUGAAAAAGGAAGCAAAGAUACAAAAUCAAAAGAUGAAAAACAUUUAUGAUGGAUAUAUAAAAGCAUAUUUUUUUGCAUUGUGCCAACUCUUUCUCGGUGUCAACAGUGCUUUUUAUUGUGUUAGCUGGUAGAAAACAGCAUUUUUAUACUUCUUUUUUCUGCUUUCUCAUGAAUACAACUUUCGAAGUAGAAGCCGUACUAUUUUGAAUAGCUUAACAUUUUGAAAUGUUGGAGCUGUAAAACAAAUAUAUAUAUAUAUAUAUAUAUUUUUUUUAUUACAAGUUGAUUACAUUGUAAGGAUAGCUAGGUACAUUUUAAUAAAUUUUCCAUUUUUAAAGAUC